AUGCCUAACCAUGCCCGGCUCGUCAAAGCCUCACGUUCCAAUUCGGGCAGCUCGCGGAGCCGAAUGCAGGGUUCGACACGGAAGAAGGCGACGACGACCUCCAAGUGGUAUAGUAAAUGGUUUGCAACAUGCGUCAAGACCGACAAGGACGACAAAUCAAGUGAACAGGUACCCUCUCCUUCUCCCCAGAUCCGAGAUCUCCCCGCUAGGGGCAGUCCUGGGAACCGACACAGCAGGCCUGUGGGAGUUCAGCAACGACUACCGCGGCCGGCUCAGUCAGAGACGCCGCAAGCAACUCCAGUACCCGAGUAUCUGAAUGAGUUGCCAUUCCAGACCAGACCGACCACCAGUCUCUCGAAGUGGUUUGAGACGAAGUCGCGGUUACCCGACGUCGUGAUCAAUGGGGAGUAUCCCGGAGCACCACCUACACCCCAGCCUCGCCAGGUCAAGGACGUUGAUGCGCCACAGGAUUUUGCUCGGUUCACAAGUGACCUGCAAGGCCGAACCGAGUUGGAAUCGCAUCCAGUGUGGCUGGAAACAAAGAAGACACCACCAAAUCACGGACCGUCUCAGGCAGAUACGUCCAUUGAACCGGCAGAAGUCGCAGCUGAACUUGUUGUAUCUCCUUGCAUCGAUCUCCCCUCCAAACAUCAGAGUACUGUCGCCGCUGAUGCACCAUCCGGCGCCCAGACAGCAGAACCGUUCAAACCGUACCCUGGCGAGAUGAAGGUCAGUUAUGUCCCUCCCCAGUUGCAAGCCGGAUGGGCAAGUGGCGUGCCGCCAACGUUACGCGUUGGUCAUGCAGGACGAUCUCCCCCCGGUAUGCGGUACUCGACUACUAACGUGCCACCACCAGGGAACCGCAAAGUGGACGGAAGCCCCGACUCUCAGCCAGCCCGUUACUCGUGGCCACUGGUGGACUUUGACCAAGAGUUAUUCCUCAACUCCGACCCUACACACGCGGGAUUGGCAGUUCCUCGACGUCUGCACCCGAGAUAUCAGGAACCGCGCAUUCCUUCCAUGGACUUUUCAGGAGACGGACUAGAGCAACAAGUGACGGCAAUGCUGGGCACGUUGCAGGGGGGCCAAAAGUGGCAACAGCGACAAGCGCAGGAUGAAGAAUGGCACGUUGUUGUUCCCUCGCGUUUCCCGCCUGGGGGCAACACUGGGACGGGUAUCCAUGAAAUGGAAGCGUCCACCACCACGACCGCUCAGGGAUACCCAGGAAGUCAGCCUCGACAUGCGGUGCACAACGCCAGUCCGGGUCCUCCAGCGCCCGAACAGUCUGGGGAAUGGCACCAAAACCGAGUGGUGCGCUACCACGAAUACAACUGGCCUCGAUUCAGCGAUGUGCAUCAGUAUCAGGACCCGGCGGAAGAAUAUAGUCGACGCUACCGAGAUCGGCGACGUGAGAUGCGGAGAGGACGAUGUGAGGGAUGA